AUGAUUGAACAAAAAAGUGAACUUCAUUGCUCUGGAAAUCAUUCAAACGCAGAAAUUAUAAUGGUCUCCUAUGAUCCAGCUCUUAAAAAGAAUUAGAGAUUGCUUUGUCAAAAAUGCCUUGAUUCUCUUCAAGUAUCAACUAAAGUAGAGGGAUUCAAUAAAACUCUAUCCACUAUUAGGGACAAUUAUUAAAGCAGAGUCAAUUCAUAGCAAUUCUUAAUAGAGAGGUCUAUAAAGUUUAUUGAACCUUUAUAAUAAGAAAUAUAAUCUAUUAGAGAUAUGUUUUUGAAUAGUCUAGAUGCAAUCAUCAAAUUCACUGCUGAUUGGAAGAUGGAGUUAUAACAAAUUUCCAAGCAACCAAUGGUUCUUAGUUUCUUUGCUGGAUUAGAAUCAUUAGUGUAUAGAUAAUAGGAUAAUAUGUAAUAAGUGAUAUUAGAUCAAAUUAACAAAUUGAAUCAAACCUACUCAAAAUCAAUCAUCAACUAAUUAUCAAUAAUUAAGGAAGACCCAUUCAAAGAAAUAGAAUUAAAAUUGAACAAUUUUGAAAAAAUGCUGAACAAUGAAUUUCUUCAUUCUGAUUUUGAUGAUUAAAUUAAUAAUAAUAAAACUCCAAUUUCAAUAAACUUGAAAGAGAUUAAAAGUGUAGAGUCAGAAAAAGGAAUAUCACAUAUUAUUUUUGAUAAGACAGGAUCGAUGAUGAUUACAAUCAAAGAAGGUAAAAUAGGAGUCUGGAAUUUUGCUAAUGGCAAUUUGGAAUAGUAAGCUUCCUGGGUUGUUCACAAGUCACAAAUUAAGUGUGCAGUUCUACCAUGCAAUUAAAAUCCUUGCAUUCUAACAGCUGCAGACAUGACAAUUAAAAUUUCCUAAAGAAUUAAUGAAAUAUAUUGGAAAAGUGAUUUUGAAUCUUAAAAACUUGAUAAUUGCAUUGGUUGCAUGAUUAUUAACAGAAAUGAGGAUUAUCUCUUUAUUAGUUGCGAAAAUGUUAUAAGCAUUUGGAGACUGAAUUAUACGCAAAAGAAAUGGUUGACUUUUUAAUAUUCUUUGAAAUAACACAAAUGGGCAAUAAAUGCUAUGAGUAUUAAUAAAUCUGAAAACAAAUUGGUAUCAUGUAGCAAAAAUAAAUAACUCAUCAUUUGGGGUUUAAAUAGAAAUAAUCAAUGGGAAUACAAAUAUGAUGUUAAAUAAUCAAUUUUAGAUAUUGGGAAUGCUCUCUGCUUUCUAAAAGAUUCUUAGUUUAUUUUAGUUUCAGGAGAGUUAGAUGCUCAAGAUAAUGUUUAUGUCUAUGAAGAAUAGAAUGAGCAAUUUUAAGAGGUUUUAAAAAAGACUCUUAAAUUACCAAAGAUCAAAGAGGAUUCCUCCAUUUCGCCAAUAGUGUAUAUAGAUCAAUAGAAGAACAUACUCUUAAUCUCAUAAAAAAACAAUCUCUAUUUAAUAUUAGAAAAGAGUGACGGAAGCUGUGUUAUUUCAUGA